GCUGCCCGGGGCGGGGCCGGGCCGCAGCAGCGCCGGGCCCUCACAGCGCCAUCUUCCCCCGGGCGCCUUCGGCUGCUGGGCUGGGCUGCUGGAAAGGCAAGCGGGACAGGCCAUGGGUCCCAUCAAGUACUGCAAGGCUGCUAUAAGAUCUUCCUGGAGCUUUUGCUGCUGCCUGAAUGCCAACUCUCACAGCCUUUCUCAUAGAAGUGCUCCAGCCCUCUGAUCAUCUUUGUGGCGUCCUCUGGGCCUUAAUCACAGGUCCAUGUCUUUCUUACUUUAGGGACCCCAGAGCUGGAUGCAGCACUGCAGGUGGUGUCUCACCAGAGCAGAGGAGAGGGGUAGAAUCCCCUCCCUCACCCUGCUUUGGAUGCAGCCCAGGAUACAGUUGGCUUUCUGGACUGUGAGUGCCAUUGCUGGGUCAUGUCCAGCCCCUCAUCCCCCUGCACCCCCAAGUCCUUCUCACAGGGCUGCUCUCCAUCUGCUCAUCGCCCAGCCUGUGUUGAUACCUGGGGUUGCCCUGACCCAGGUGCUGCACCUUGCACUUGGUCUUGUUAAACCUCAUGAGGUUUCCAUGGUCUCGCUUCUUCAGCUUGUCCAGGUCCCUCUGUAGGGCAUCCCAUUCCUCAGGCAUGUAACAGGAGCCCCCUCUGCAAUCAUCAGCAGCAGCAUCCCCACUGAUGGAUGCCCCUUCCACAGUCAAGCGUACCUUGGCUUUGGAGCAGUGGUUGAACUUUUUUCAUGCUUGAUAGUUCCAGAUGUGUGAGCAGGGUUGUGAAAGGGCACAAGCGGGUCUCAAGUGUCCCGAGUGGGCGCACCCCGCGUGUCUCAGCAGAUGGCAGCAGCGACACUCCUUCAGCUGCUCCUCGCUCCUGCCGAGCCCACCGCACCGCUCCCGCACCACCUCCAUACUCACCCGCCGCGGCUCUUCCUCGCCCUGUCCCGCCAGCAGCACACGGCGAAGGAGACGGACAGUGCCAGGAUGACGGCUCCGCUCAGCAGCGAGGCGGCCACCGCCAUGCGGGACCCGGUGCCCGAGGGCUGCGCGGCGGCUGCGGGCAAGGGCCGGUGAGCGGGGCGGGCAGAGGGACCCACCCUUGCUCCCGGCCACCGUCCCCCUUGCAGGGUAAACGUGGGAGCCACUGCCAUUUCUCACCAGAUCAUGCUGCCUGGGGCCCAGAGGAGGCUGGAGGCACUAGCCACAGUGGGACCAAGCUUGGCUACACUGUCACAGAUGUGCCUCCCUGGUAUCUGUGCAUCCUGCUGGGCAUUCAGCACUUCCUGACAGCCAUAGGAGGUCUUGUAGCCGUCCCUCUGAUGCUCUCCAAAGGCCUUUGCCUCCAGCAUGACCUACUGACCCAGAGCCACCUGAUCAGCACCAUCAUCUUUGUCUCAGGAAUUUGCACCCUGCUGCAAGUCCUCUUUGGAGUGAGGCUGCCUAUUAUUCAAGGAGGGACUUUAACAUUCGUGACUCCCAUCUUGGCAAUGCUGUCUCUCCCCAACUGGAAGUGCCCUGCCUGGACAAACAACGCCACCCUGGUGAAUGCCUCUUCACCAGAAUUCAUCCAAGUCUGGCAGACACGGAUGCGAGAGGUGCAAGGAACUAUCAUUGUAACUUCCUGCUUUCAAAUCUUCGUUGGAUUUUCUGGCCUGAUUGGGUUUCUGAUGAGGUUCAUCGGCCCCCUGACAAUUGCCCCCACUAUCACCUUGGUUGUACUACCUCUGUUUGAGUCGGCUGGAGAUAUGGCUGGGCAGCACUGGGGCAUAGCAUUCCUGACUAUUUUUUUCAUAGUUCUGUUCUCUCAGUACUUGAAACACAUUGCUGUGCCGCUUCCAUCUUACCAGAGAGGCAAGAAGUCCCACUUCUCUCCAAUCUACCUCUUCCAGAUCUUCCCGGUGCUGCUGGGGCUCUCCCUGAGCUGGCUGCUCUGCUACGUGCUGACAGUGACCAGCGUCCUCCCUGCGGCCCCCACUGCCUACGGCCACCUGGCACGGACAGACAGCCGUGGGGACGUUCUGUCACGGGCUCCCUGGUUUCGGCUGCCUUACCCAGGCCAGUGGGGAACGCCAACGGUGAGCCUGGCCGGGAUCUUUGGCAUCCUGGCCGGGGUGAUUUCCUCCAUGCUGGAGUCCGUGGGGGAUUACUACGCCUGUGCCCGCCUGUGCGGGGCCCCGCCGCCGCCGAAGCACGCCAUCAGCCGCGGCAUCGGCAUGGAGGGCAUCGGCUGCCUCCUGGCCGGGGCCUGGGGCACGGGCAGCGGCACCACGUCCUACAGCGAGAAUGUGGGCGUCCUGGGCAUCACCAAGGUGGGGAGCCGAAUGGUGAUCAUUGCUGCUGCCUGUGCCAUGCUCCUGAGCGGCAUCUUCGGGAAGGUUGGGGCCGUGCUGGCCAGCAUUCCCAUCCCUGUGAUCGGAGGCAUGUUCCUUGUGAUGUUCGGAGUGAUCGCGGCAGUGGGCGUUUCCAGUUUGCAGUAUACAGAUAUGAACUCCUCAAGAAACAUCUUUAUCUUUGGAUUUUCUCUAUUUGCUGGCCUCACAAUUCCCAACUGGGCAAGCAAAAAUAGUGCUCUGCUGGAAACAGGAAUCAUCCAGCUUGACCAAGUGAUCCUGGUACUUCUCACCACUGGCAUGUUUGUGGGUGGACUUCUGGGAUUUAUCCUGGAUAACACCAUUCCAGGAACACAGGAGGAGCGGGGGCUCCUGGCAUGGAAGGAAAGCCACAAGGGAGGGAUGGAGAGCUCUCAGCUCAUUUCCAAGGUCUAUGAUCUUCCCUUUGGCAUAGGCACCAGACACUGCAAUGUCUCUUGGUUUCGCUACCUCCCUGCUUGCCCCACAAAACUGUCGUGUGACAAGAGAAUGGAUGAACUGAAGGCUGCUAGGCACAAAACCAGUGUUGAACCAAGCUUAGAAAGAAACUCUGAGAUUGGUGCUGAUCCACCAAUCAGCACCAAUUGGUGCUGAUCCAAGCAUAUAAGCACCUCACCUGCAAGUGAGCUCAUCUUAGAAAUAGAGGUCUGAAAGUCUGUCUGCAGCCCUAUCAUCUGAGCAUGAGCUGGCAGCUGUUAGAGGGGGGAAGCAGGAAAAGGAUAAUGUCUUCCUCUUCCCAGCUCUGCUGCCUGCACCACUGAUGGCUUUGAGGAAGUAAUUUUUUCCUUCUCUCUUCCUGCCUGCUCACUUCUAGGAAGACCCUGAUCCCUCUUUGGGGAACACCAAAGCCUAAGAAAUGCCUAGGAAAGAUUUUCUAUUUCCUUCUUGCACUGACCCUUGGGCACCCUGAGGGGCAGCUGUUCAGCUCAAGCAGAAGGGCUUGCUGUCCCCUGAUCUGGCAGCUGAAGGAGCUUCCCUGACAUGGGCCCUGCACCACUCUCAGGCAUCCCUUGGGUUGGGGUUAAUCCCCAGCACCUUAAAGCAACACCCACCUCUCACCUUGUGUUGUAUACCUCAUCCUGGCCAAGGGGAAGGAGCAGGUGCCUCUAGGUCAUGAUUCAUCUCAUUCCAGAUUCUCAUCAUUUAGCCAGUCAAAUGAAUAUUGUUGUAAGAGAGGCAUCUAAAGUUAAUGGGAUGGAUUGUCUGCUGAACCUGUCUCUUCUGCCUCAGACCACAGAGGGACUCUAGAGACCUUAGCUAGGUUCCUGACCUAACAGAAAAAACCAGCCUUACUGAAAUGUAUCCCACCUUUGGAGUGUUGGGAGUCAUCUCAGGAGAACCAAGUUGGCCACCCAACCCCACAAAGAUGAAGGAAUCCUCAUCAAAUAUAAUGGAGAAAACACUUCUGCUCACAAUCUUACACAUCCCUAUGCUGCUGCUGUGUCCUGUGUACCCUUGCUGUACCUGUUUGGUCUAGUGUGGUGACUGUGUGGUGAUAAGCACUUUUCUGGAAAACAGAUUAUUGCUCCUAUUCCCUGUUAGCUUCAACCUGUAGGGCCACAUGCAAUGUGAUCACAUGUGGUCCUGUGGUUCCUGGUGCUGUGUAAUAAAAUUGUUGCUGUAGCAUAAGAUUGUGUUUCCUUCACUGAGAUUAAUGCUUGUUUUUUGUAAGUAGAAUGAAUAAUAACAUGUACACUGUAAUGGUAUUUCUCAGGGUGGUUUCUGGAGUGAGUGGCAGGUGGUAUUCAGAGAAUCAUUUGCAGGCUGCACUCCUGUGAACUAUGAUCAUGCAAGAGGAGGGACCAAAGUAACAUGUUCUUCAUCUUCCCCUUAAUGUCAUCACAAUGCUUCUAGCCUCAAAGCAAUGCCAGCAUGUCUAAAUGAAGCACACUGGGAAGGCCAGGGAAUAGCAAGGCUGCACCCUGGAGAACUCUGAAGAGCUCUAAAACCCAAACAGGACCCCUGCAACCCCACUUUCAAACACAGCAGUGUGGCAAACGUUCAUCUGGGGGUGUUACCACAGCCUCAGCUGCAGGGACAGAAAGGGCUCUGUAGUGUUUAUUCUUCCCUUGUACUUCAGUAGUCAGCUCCAUGUGUUUUUGCCUGAAUGUAUCAUGCUUUUAUGCACCAAGGCAAUGCUGGGCCACAGUCCAGGCCUCUUGGACUCAGUCUAAAAGCUGUCUGCUGAAGUUGGACAGCUAGGCACACCAGCUUCAGUUUAGGUUUUAAAAUAGAACUUCCAUCCUUUAUGUUUGUGAUGGCUGGUAGCGUGACCUCAACAUAACCACUAUCAGAAUACAGUUUGUUCAAGAUUGCAGAGAGCCUUUAAUGAUAACUCAGAGAUGUGAAGGACUUUAUUCAAUUUCACAGCACUUUUAAUUCCAAGACACCAUCUGAGCAGCACUGCUCAUCCAAGAAUUAGAUGUGGAAGAAGAGCACAGGGCUGAUCACUCAGCUUUACACACUUCACAAAAGUAAAUAAUCCAAAGUGUAUUACUGUGCCUGCACUUUUCUGGGUGACUGGGGAGUGGGUGCUCACUGCUGCUGUCCUCAUAAAGAGACAGACGAGCCUCAUUCCACUCUCUGUGAGGAAAUCCCUCUUUCCUUGUGAGCCCAAGAUGAAAAAUUGCACCAGAAAAAUAAUCACUGCCAGGUUGCCUGACUUUUGCAGGUUGCAGUUUGAGACCUGCAUCCUGUGGGAGUGUGCAGACUGCCACUGAUCUGGCCUCCCUGCUGCUCUUCCCACAUCUUAUGCUAGGCAAGGUCACUUAACUGUACAUGCCUCCCUUUCUUUUUGAAGCAAGGCUAAACAUUAAAUAGCAAUGGGUAAAAACAUUUAUUAAUAAAUAGCUAAGACCUUUAAAACCUUUAAAUAAAGUAUAAAUUACAUAACUGAUGUAUCAAGAAUUACUAAUGAGGGAAGGAGAAGUCAAUGGUAACAAACCACUUCAACACAGUGUCUCCACACUCUGCUUAGAGAGGCAGCUCACAGAGAGGUGAGGCUCCUCCCGUGCCCGGUGUACCUGGCAGUGCUUGGCAGAACAUUGCUGGAGACACUGCUUAGAAAUCUUCAUCAUCGAAGGUCUCCGUGCACCGCAGCAUCACGGUCUCAUGAUCAUAGUGAACAUCUUCUUCCUGAAAGCCCCCCCAAAGUCAAGCAGGAUUAAAAACCAGAGGAGUUCAUUGAAUUUCAAAUCUACAGUGAGUUGGUCAAGAGCUGAUGUACCAGAAAAUGCAGCAUGAGCCCUCCCUCCUCUCUGAAUCAGCCACCAGCACUUGAGGAGUUCCUGAGGUGCCUGAUGAAGAAAGGCUCAAAUUUCCUGCCAAUUUCCUUCUAAAAUCACAGGGCUCCACCCUGUGUCUAUUUACAUCAUCUAGACAGCUGUUACUGACUGUGGUAGCAAGUUUGUCACGUAACAGGCUCUGAAGGUAUGAGAGCUUCCUUGAGGCCUUAACUUCUACCAACUUCAGGCUUUGCUCCACUUUUAGCAACAGAAGGAAAAGGUCUUCUCUUUCACCAGUUUACAGAGAACAAGUGGCUCUUGAGAAAUCAAAGUCUGGAAGAUAAAAGUAUUCAUGCCUGCAGUCCAUCUAGUCCACCUUCUGCAUUGAUGCAAGAGUCUUCAGUGAAAUACUGGUUUUAAAAAUAGGUGCUGUUUGAAAAUGUAUAGCUUAAGAAGCACUAAAUACCACUUGCUUGUCAAGUGACUCAUCUAAAAUCCAUAAUUUUAAAAGAAAGUGUGCCUUUGAAGACACAAAGGUGCUCAGUACUAUUUAGAAAAAAACCCCACUGAGUUUCAUUUAAGUAAAACUUUUGGAUCUCAGUCUAAAUUAACUCUUUACUGCCUUUGCUGCUAAGCUUCUCUUAUGAUGUGACGUUAAGACAACAGCUCUUGAAAAAUUACAAGAUUGCUUAACUAAUCUCAUGCUCAGAAAUAUUUCUCUAUCAUAUGCUUCUGUUGUCAUUUUGGGGUCCCUGCCCUUUUAAGAGCUCUCCCUUUCCUUGUCCAAAUUAUUUCCCCUCCUCUCGUGUGAGUCUUUUUGCAGCUUUUUAUUCCAGCGGGGUGCAAGCCCUUGGCAGCCUUGAGAGCCAGGGCAGCGGCUCAAGAGGAGCUGUGCUCAGUAGCUGUGACUCUGAAACAGUGACCAUCCACAGUCCAACAGCAGUGGUUGCAGUUUGUACCUGCACAGUUAACUAGAAAUGACAGAACAGGGCAGUGGCAUGAAUGACCAGCAAUAAAAUCCAUCACCUCAUCAGCUCUGCAGAUGAAAGGAAAGGAGCCAUGGGCUGCCUUUUGUAUUUCAGUGGGGUCAUAUUACAUGCCUUACCUUGGUACUUACUGUACUUGCUACCCACCUCUGUAUCUCCUACAAGGUGUGUGCACAGUGCACUGGGACACUGCUUUAUCCUUGGGCAAAGUGCCAGCACUGCCCAAACUCCUGUGCUAGCAUGGCACCAGCACAGGUACCACGGCAAGGGAAGGGGAGUGGUCUGCAGAGGUUCAGUCAUACCCAUAAGAUAAGCAGGACGGGUUCCUUUCCCUGUAAGUCCAGGAGUCUCUGAUGCUCUGAGCAGCCCAAUUUCUGGGGGAAGGUGAGUAGCCUAUACUGAUCUCUCUGCUGCUGCCUGAGUUGAUGUGUUUCAAGCUAGCUGGAACAUCUUCUAUCCCUGCUCUGCAACCACUUUCAUAACUGUCUCAAUCUGUUUGCUUUGAGAUGGAUCCGAAUUUCUGCUCUCAAAACAAAAAAUAGCUUGUCAGUCACAUUUUCCUUUUUCUGCUUUUUUGCCUCUUGGCAGCACUGUCUAGAUGUGUUGUUCUGCACUCUAAAUCAAAACAGAUUGUGAUCUUCAUAUUAUCUAGCCUGGGUGAUUUCUGCUCAAAUUCCCUUUUUAUUGUCUUAUCACAGAUAACUAAAAGUUCCUGUGUAAAGGAACCCUUUGCAGCUUUUUAUUUUCUUUUGGAUCUACAUACUACAGUCAACGGCCAAUUUGCAGUACUUUGGGCUCUUUUGCUGCUUAUCUUCCCAUCACUCCCAGUCUUAUUUUAAAUCUGCCUCUUUGAACCUUGAAGGAAACACUACCUCUUCCCAUACCACCUCAUCUGGGAGCUGUGAGAUGGACUGGGGCUCACACAUAACGAGGCAGCCCCAAGCAGAAGGACAAGAUGAGACCAUGCCAGGCAUGACACUCACAAAAGAAAUUUAAAACCAGAAAAUGCCAUAUCUUGCCUAAAACUUUUCUUUCUUUUCUAGGCCUGCUGAGUUCGUAGUCAUUUACUUAAACACAAGAAGAGCUCUGCUCUUACACAGAACAUAGCUAGUCACAGACCAAAGGGCUGUGGAGAUCAGUGCCUGGUCUCUGACAACAGCCAGCAGAGGAAGUUUAGAAAAAAGUGCAAGAAUUGGGGACACAGUGUGCUUUGUUUUACAAUAAAUGCUUGUACAUUAUAGCAAACUGUGCUGUGAGGCCCUCCUGCACUGGAUAUUGAACCUGGAACUUCAGAUUUAGUAACUGCCCAUGGAUUGAUGAUCCUGGAGUCUAAAUGUGGUAAUUUGUACGUGCAAAUAUUUUAAUAUGUUGUUUGUUCAUUUUAUUUAUGCUUUCUAGUUCUUCUAGUGUUAGACACAAUGAGUAAUCAUUCUGUGUACUGAAUCCACACCAUGUAUGAAUAAAAUGGUUUUGCAAUA